CAUAUAAACAAGCCCUCCCCCGGCCAGCGCGCCCGCCCGGGCAACCUUCUUCUGUUUCCGACCCUUCUUGACCGUAGAUUCCAGCCGUCGCGACUUUUCUCCCGAAUUUCCAUCAUCAAAACACGAUUUAAGCACCGCCACAUCUAAUUCACAAUGCCUCCCAAGAAGACCGAAACCAAAUCUGAGGGCGCUGCUGCCUCCAAGUCCAAGCCAAGCACCCACGCUUCGUAUCAGGACAUGAUCACCGAUGCCAUCGUUGCGCUCAAGAACCGCAACGGAUCGAGCCGGCAAUCCCUCAAGAAAUAUGUUCGUGCUAACAACGCCAUCCAUGCCACGGACAACAUGUUCGAUUCGCUUUUCAACAAGGCAUUGAAGAGUGGCGUUGAGAAGGGCAUCUUCGAGCAACCAAAGGGUGCUUCCGGUGGUACCAAGUUGGCGAAGAAGGCUGCCAAGCCAGCCGCGCCAAAGAAGGCUGCUCCUAAGAAGGAGGCUGCUCCCAAGAAGGAAGCCGCUCCCAAGAAGGCUGCCGCUCCCAAGAAGGCUGUGCCUAAGAAGGAGACCAAGGAGAAAAAGGCAGCCGCCCCCAAGAAGGCCGCCCCCAAGAAGACGACCGUAAGUCAUGGCUCUACAACACGUUUUCUCAUUGUCAAUCUCACCAUCAUUUAGGCUCCUGCCGUUGUGGAUAAGCCGACUGUUCUGACCAAGACCAAG